AAAAAAUAUAGGCCUAUUUAUGUGAGAACCAAGACGCAUUUAUACCACGUUAAGCAAGCGUGUUAUAGCUAGUUUGAAAUACAUUACCCAUGAUGCAUCAUGCACGGUUACCACAUCAGCGGGAAAGAAGGUAGCGGUUGAUACAGUUGAUCAGAGGGCGUUCACAACACGAUGGAAGAGGCUGAAGCACAGAUCUACUCUCAUAGAUCUGCCAUUCUUACUGAGCUGUGCGGUAUCCUCACCAGCUCCCAGAACCUGUGAGUCUUCAUUUCCAUGUAAAGGAGCUGCAGACAUUGGUAAUCCUCACCGAUCCAGAGACUGGGAAAUUAGUCCAGUCCCAGACUAAUGCUGUGAAUUCGUUGGACGUGUGGAAGUCCCUGUCUUCAGCUGCUACAACAGACACUGACCCAUAGACCAUGUGUGACCGUGAAGAUCAUGAAGAUGACGCUCCCGCUAAACUUUCCAUCAGAGAUUCCAUUGCUGAACCUUCUGAUUCGGUCUCCCUGAGCGACUCUGAUCCUGAAGACCCAACCAUCCCCUUUGAUGCUGAAGUUGAAGAUCUGUCUUCUGGUGAAGAUUCUUCAGAUGGGGACAAUCCCAAAGAGCAUACAGAUUCCAACCUCCGGGAGCCACUCUUCCAACUGAAGGGUGCCGGUGUUGGUUUCUCAGCCCGUAGCCACAGCAUCUUUGACUGCCUAGAGAGUGCUGCUAAGAUAGCCGCCCCAGGCUUGGGGGAGGACAACAUCAUCGAUGGACCCUUUGUACGGCCUAUACUCCCACCCCCAAAGAAGGAUGGAGAGAAAGGUGGCCUGUCAUCCAACAAGCAAGCCCCAGUGCUUCCAUCGUCCAGGGGCGUGCCUGACUAUGUGGCCCAUCCAGAACGCUGGACCAAGUACAGCCUGGAGGAUGUGCCUGAGACGAGCAACAGCAGGAACAGCCAAGUAGCACAGGAGUACAUCCAGAGUCUUCGGAAGCAGAGGCAGGGGCCCCUGGGAGGCGAUGCCCAGAAACCCUUUUCUCUAGCAUUCAACCAGGACCACUCCAGUAGUUCUGAAGGCAAAAUAGUAUUUUCUCGGCCCAGUCAGAUGAGUGAGAGACAGCCGGGGCGCAAAUGUGGAGAGGAGAUGAAGAAGGCAGUGGGCCUGGGCCAUCUGGAAGACUUGCCGACAGAGGAAGAGUGUGUCCAUCCAGGCACUGUGGAAGGGAAGAGGAAGAGGAAGAGGGAGUCUGAGAAUGCUGAAAGAGAUCCUGAACAGCAGCAACCACUUGCUGUGGGUUUUAACAUCAGUCGAAAGGUCAAUCGGAAGAAUUUUCGCAGAAUAUCUGAAAAGGAUGAUGAUGACCACUGAACAUUGCAUGCUAACUGUCAAUUAUUGUUAAUGAAGUUGUUAAAUUCCUGCCCUUUGUAAAAUUUCAUAGUCUCUCACGUAAAUAGGCCGAGUAGACCAUGGAGUCCUCUAUAUUGUCCUGUAAAGUCUGUCAUUGGUCCUCUUUAUUAUGUAAUGCAAUAUGUUUUGGUGUGUUAGACUUCAUUUAUAGUGUUAGACAUUUUACUUAUUAGUAAUAAAAAUUUAAUAUCAGAUACUGAGUGUUGGGAUAGGAUUUUUUUUCGAGGUAUUUGUUACCUCUCAGCUUACAUUGAGUGUGUAUUUUAAAAAUGACCAUUGUUCUUCAAUAAACAAAGUACCAUUCAA